AUGCCUCGUGUCAUCACCGAUUUAAUUGGGAUCCAAUACCUGGACGUGACUUAUUUUACAACACUGAUCCUUGUCUCUGUUGUUCUAUACUGGAGUUAUCUACUACUGCUUGGAAUUCUGCUCCUCGUCCUUACAUCUUGUUUCUGCAUCAGAAAAAAACAAACAAAACAGCUUCUUGAUGUCAACGGCCAGGGCGUACUAAUUACAGGGUGUGAUACAGGGAUUGGCUACACUCUAGCCAGGAAACUGGACAGGCUGGGAUUUACAGUGUAUGCUGGUUGUCUCCGGGGAACAUCGGACUUGCGUAAACAUGCGUCAAAACGAUUACAUGUUAUACAGCUCGAUGUCACUAGUGACGACAGCGUCAGCAAAGCUCUGGAUUAUGUGUCUGCUCACAGCACCAAAACGAAAUGUGGCGUGUGGGGAUUAGUGAACAACGCGGGGGUAAAUCACAUUGGGGACGUAGAGUUCUGUACGAUGGAAAUGUACAGAAGAAUUCUCGAGGUCAAUAUACUGGGCAUGGUCAGAGUGACCAAGGCAUUUCUGCCUCUCAUCCGUAAGUCUGAAGGCCGAUUUGUGAACGUGACAAGCGUCCAAGGCCGUCUUCCGAUGCCUUCUCAUUCGGUUUACGGGAUCACCAAGUUCGGUGGAGAGAAUUUCUCAGAUGCUCUCCGCCUUGAAAUGAUAAAGUUUGGCGUCAAAGUUUCACUUAUAGAGCCCGGGAAUUUCGGAGGAGCAACGGGGAUGCUGAAUGAAGCUUCUUUACGGAUAAUGCGGCGUGACUUUGAUAUUAUGUGGGAAGAGGCACCACAGGAGACGAGAGAGACGUACGGUAAGGCUUACCUAGAGACACAGUACACUAACGCCACCAACGUAUCGUCUACCAGUGCACCCAGUCUGGACCCUGUCAUCGAUGCUAUGGUUGACGCCCUCCUCAACAGUCGCCCUCAAACUCGAUACUUAAUUGGGGGCGGUAAUGGACUAAUUGAUGUCUACUGUGUUCUGGCCAGACUCAGGGACAUACUUCCCACAUGUGUUAUGGAUUUUCUCAUUGAUAAGGUAUAUUCAUCAGGCGUUCCUCUAAAAGGCAAUUAA